UCACCUCUGUCUCUAAUAAAAAGCCGAUGUCAGGCUUCUUAAAUGACAUCAGAUUGUGCAAGUUUCCAACAUGGCGUCCAGCCGGCUGCCGGAGAGGGAGGUCCGGGAGGAGUCGAAGCGCGUUGCGACCGCAAACCCCGACUUCAGCCCCCAUAAAUUCUCCUUGCUCAUCAUCACAGGACGGAGCGCUCCCCUCACACAGACGGCGCCCAUCAACAGGGAGAUCGAACGAGGUAUUCAGUCAUGGGACAUUGACUUAAAAUCCUGUAACCUGAACCUCUAUCUCCAAGAGUUUCUUUCCCAACACACGGCAUCUUUCAAGGGUGCAGGGCAGAAGUGUCUGCGCCACAGUAACAGAGUGUUGGACACCCAGGUCCUGAUCAGUCCAUCCCAGGAACAGGUUCAUUCAGAGGUAUUCACUCUGCUGUCCAGGGAAUCGGCCCAUAAGCUGUUAAUCUUGGCUGGCCAGAGUUCAGAGGAAAGUGGAGACCUGCUGUUUCACAGAGGACUUUUCUCACCCCAGAAACUGAACCAAAUACUGGCACAGCAGUUUGUAGAUCGAGAGAGCUCUCCCUCCUCCUCCAAACUCAGUUUGACCCUCAGCUGUCCCAGCACCAGCCAGUGGAGGAAGACUCUCCUUGGGAACCAGGCUCUGCAGGCUUCUUUCGAGCUGCACAUCAAUCCCCCAGAGGUGCUGCCUGCCAUGGAGGCUCUGGGGGAAUUCACCUCCCUCAUCUCUGGUACUCUUUCCCCUCCAUCUCCCUUUGACCUCUUGCCUCCGCCCAUCACCGUGGGCUUUCUGAAGCUGUCCCGCCCCUGCUGCUACGUGUUCCCUGCUGGCCGCGGCGACUGUGCCUUUUUUGCCGUCAACGGGUUCACGUUGCUGGUGGAUGGCGGCUCGGACUCUCAGGCCUGUUUUUGGAAGCUGGUCCGACACCUCGACCGAGUUGAUGCAGUUUUGAUGACGCACAUUGGGACAGAAAACCUCCCUGGGGUCAACGUCUUCCUGGAGAGGAAGGUGGCCGAGUUGGAGCUCAGCUCUGAUAUCAAAGAUGACACAUCUAAGAGGCUUAUCUCCCCAGAGCUGGGAGUAGUCUUCUUUAAUGCCCCCAGUGGGCUACAGGUGGAUCUACAGCCUUGUGUGGACAACGUACAGAAGAGCACACACCAGGCAGCCCUAACCUUGCAGUUGUUGAAGAAAUUAGACAUCAGACCACAGCCAUUGUUUCGCCCGCAAGGGGUUCCCAUUGAACCGCUAACCCUGUUCCAGAAGAUGGGAGUGGGACAGCUGGAUUUAUACAUCCUCAGCCCUGGAAUAAACAGCCAGGAGUACCAGACACUCAUGCAUAACUGGCCUGACGCAGUAUCCUCAGCAACAAAAUCCCAAACCCUCCCUCUCACCACCCUGGCUUCAGUUUCUGCGCUGCUGGUGUGGCACCCAGCAUGUCCCCAGGAGAAGGUGGUCAGGGUGCUGUUUCCGGGCGUUACCCCACAGGAAAAGCUGUUGCUGGGGCUCGAGAAGCUUAAGGGGCUGGCUUUCCUCCAGAAACCCUCAGUGACCACCGGGGACAUGGAGAGACUGGGCGAGGACGGAAAGACCAAGAGGACAGAGAACCAGGGGGCUGGCAAAUCACAGGGGAAGGAGAAAACAAACAAACAUGGGAAAGAGUCAGGAGUUAAAGAAGAGGGAAAGGAGGUACCGGUUAGGGAAAAAGGAAAAGUAUUAAAUGGAGUCACUUCAAGAGAUGCUGAUAAAACCAGAAUCAAAAACAAAGGCGGAAAGCCAAAAGGAGCAUUGUCAGAGAACAAUACCUCAAAGAAAGGAGGAAGGAAGGAUGGGAAAAAGGAAGAGAAGCCCGGGAUUAAACAGGAGAAUGGUGCUAAGAGAAACCAUCAGGGUGAAAAGGAUGUUCUCCCUUUCAAACCAAAGAAUGAGAAUAAAACUAAGCUCAAAAAGGAAGCAAAAAAUGACUCCAAAACAGGUGUGAAGAAGCCAGGAAAACUAUCGGGAAAGGAUGUAAAUAACGGCAAAAAAGUAAAUGGAAACACUGCGGCAAAACCUGACACUGGGAGUCGUUUGGAAAUCCCAGAUCCCGGGGGGCUUGAUACAGAGGAGCAUAACCACAAACCAGAGAACGAGUCUGAAGAGAACCCCUGUGGCUCCAAGCUGUCUACCCCUGAGGAUAUGACAAAGGAUUUUCUCAGGCUCCGGGAGGAAACGGAAAUAGGUGAGGCACAGGUGGAAACAGCAGAUAAGACAAAGAAAAAAAGCUGCGAGUCAGGAAAUGAAAAGAGCUUUGGAGGUGUGAGCAAAGAGAAGAGUAUCGCAGCUGAAGAGGCUGCAGAGAUAAUGGGAGGAAGGAGUGGUGAUAAUGGGUCGCAAGGCAAGACUUGGUCAGGAGAGAAAGCUGAUGUAGACCUGCAGAAAGUGCAUAGUGCGAGUGCUGCCAAACCAGAAAAGGUUGUGGGAUUCCCCGCUCCCCUGAACAAGGCACCAAAGAGCGAGUGCACAGUCCCGCUUGACUUAACCCCCACCGAAUACACUCUCUUGGACGGGGCUUUGAGAAACAGCCCUCCCUCCCGCUCCUCUCCAGAGAACCAGGGUCCUGUCAGCCCUGACGAGCAGACCGUAGAGCCCGCCUCCCCUGAUUCACGGCCCAACAGUGCGGGCCACACUCCUUACUGUCUUUCCCCAGAUGAUGUGUGGUGCAAUAGGGCCACUCUCAGCAAGUUACAGGCUCAGAUGAGUAACUUGGAGUCAUUUGAUAUCAACCAGCCAGACGGAGCAUCCAAGCAAAAUGAGGGGCAGCCCAAAAGCAAUCCAGAAAGUCAAACACUCCCAAAAGAGAGGCAACUAAGCUUCCUUUCUUUGGGUUCAUUUAAAGAAGGACCUUCUGACCCCUCUCCCUCCUUCACUAACACCACCACCACUACACACUCCAUGCCGGCGGAGGUGAGCUCACCUCAGUCCACAGAAGUAGACGAGUCACUAUCCAUGUCCUUGGAGCAUGGACCAACCACUUUGAGUCAGAAGGAUGGGGACGACAGUGUUCAUAACUCCCAUUCCAAUGGGGGCCAUUUUGCUGGCAUGUCAUUACCGACAAAGAAGCCUCCCCGACCUUUAGCACCAGGUUCAGAGAUGGGACGGCCUCCGGCUCCAAACUCACUUCAUUUUGAUGCGUCAACUCACGAAGUGGAUCUGUGUUUGGUUUCCCCCUGCGAGUUCAAGCAUCUCAAACAGCCUGACUCCAGCCUUGGCGCUAGCGAGCCCCCCAGAGGAGCCUUCGCUCCGCAUCAUCACGGCAACAACAACCCCAAGGAUUCAUCUCCUAGUGAGUCCUGUGCCCCCGUGUGCACGGAGGACUGCCCGUCCACCACAGCAGAUGGAUGCCUGGACUCAGAUGACAAUGAUUCCAGCAGCGAGCCAUCUAAUUCUCCGCAUAAUCUCCGCUCCAGUCAGGGUCUGCCCCCGGACCCUCUUCCAGCCCCUCUGAGGGACAGCCCGCCCCUGCCCCCACAUCCGGGCACAUCCAUGCCCGUUCCUCAGUCUGAAUCCGACGCCCACAGGAAGAAAGCAAAAGCCACUGGAAUGCGGGGAAAAGCUCCAGCUGUUGUCGAGCCUUCCCAAAGAUCUGGCUCAGGGAAAAUCAGGACAAGUGGAGUCCAAAAGGGGAAUGUGUUUUCAACCUUUACGCCUUCUUCCAGCAUCCGCUCAGCACCAGCAAAAUCCUCUCCCAAUACAGACGCCAAGUCUACAUGCGAUGGUGAGGUCAGUGUGUACGUGGACCUGGCCUAUAUUCCCUUUGGAGCCUCUUCUCCAACAGUCAGUGUGGACUUCUUCAGAUGCGUUCGUUCCUCCUGUUACAUCAUCAGUGGCGACAGUCAAGAGAAGGAGGAGCUAAUGAGGAAUACACUGGACGCACUACUGGAUGCUAAGAUGUCGUGGCCUGACACUAUGCAGGUGACAUUGAUUCCUACCUUUGAAUCGGUACCAAUGCAGGAGUGGUACCAACAGACCCUGGACAGACAAAAGGAGCUGGGCAUCACCGUGCUCGGAUCCAACAGCACUGUUGCGAUGCAAGACGAGACCUUCCCAGCAUGCAAGAUAGAGUUUUGAAGACCUAAGGAUGCAGCGGAGGACCGUGAAGGUGAUCUGAAGGAUAGACGACUGCAUAGAGAGCAAAAGAGAGAAAGAAGUAGAUGUCAUGGGGAACUACAGAGAAUAUUUGGCCACUUUCUGCACAAACAAAACUAACAUGGGAUUCUCACCGAUUCCCUUCCUGGUAAAUAACGUAUUUGUGGGCUCUCUUGCACCAAAAGGCCCUUCAUGGGGGAUUAUUGCAUGAUUUUUUUAAAGCAUGUCGGCUUGCAAACAUGUGGAUCCAGAUGACAGCUGUAAUUUAAAGAUGAAUCAAUACAGAUAGCAAACAUGGGGUUAAAAUCACUUUGUGUAAGCUUGUCUUAUUAAUGCAUUCAGGACUGAAAGGUUUUAGUAGUUUGCUGCGUUCCAAUGCCCAUUUUGCUGCUUUUAAUGUCACAUUUACCCGUUGACCUCACUUAUCCCGAUACUUACAAAUGACAGUGUGCACACUUUUAUUUAGGAAAACAUUGUCCGCAUUUGCACAUACAUUUGCACAGACGAUGUAUGUAUCGUAAAAAUAGAGUUUUAUGUUGUACCUGAAGAUCUCACAUUGUGUCGUCAGGUGUUUGUUGUGAGCACUGUAAGCAGACACGAGAUGAGCUGUGCUCAUUCAAAAUUUAUUGUGCCUCAGUGGCUUCACUGUUGACCUCGUAAUCUCAGCAGAGCAAACUGAAGAAAUGCAACGUAUCGGAUGUUGAGUGAUAAUCUAAGGAUAUUGAAUGGGGGUGAUCAAAAACAAAUCUGUCGAAAGGGAUCAGAGUAAGGGAAUUAGUUUAAUAGCAUUACAGCAACCACCUCUUUAGAAUGUCACUGUAAUUGCAAUCCAUUACAGGAGCUCAAAAUCAUGUUAAUUAGGAAUCUGACAGCAAAUGCUUUUGUGAAACAAAAGGUAGAAAAUAAAAGUGAUCACAUGUACAGAUUGUUGUUAUGAUGACGAUUGUUGGAGCAAUAUUUUCGCGCCAUAACAUUUUAUGUGAGUUAAAUAGCAGCUUUCCAUGCUGUGCUCUGAAUAAAUUAGAGGGAAUUCAUAUGUUGAACUAAGUGAUCCUUAUUGAGAAACUGAAAUUACUUAAUUUGUCAAUAGUUGUUUAUUAUUCCAGCAUAGAGUUUAACACAUAUAAAAGGGAAUUAUUCUGGAACUAUAUAACUGCUUUUCCCUGAAAUUAGUACUAGAUUAUUACAAAUUAAUUUUUGUCCUAAUCUGGAUGGUUUCAUAUUCCGGUAAAUGUAAAUUGUUCAUGCAAAUGUAGCAUACAGAGUUUCUACAAUAUGAAUCAAUCCCAUAUACUUAAAAAAAUGCAGUAUUGUUUCUGAACCUCUAAAUUAUCUAAAAUACAUUUUAGAAUUAUAUAGAUUGAAAUUGAAUUGUUAUCUUAGCUUGUACAAUACUUGGUAUUUGUUUUAUUUUGUAAAUCCAUAUUUAUUUUCUUUUUAUUAUACCCUUCAGCAAAAGGUUGUCAGAUUAAAUGAUUUUUAGCAAUGGGAAAUGAAGUAGAACUGUAAUCAUGACAAUUACUUGAUCCCCAAGGUAGCAAUGGGAAAAUGUGUAUGUGUCCCGCAUGUAUAAAAUACUUUAUGUACUUAUGUGGUUUCAUUCAUGAUAUUCAUGAAGACAUAGAGCAAAGCACUGUGGGAGAGCGAGGCGAUGGGAUGGACAUUUAAAACCUUUUACUUUGCAAUUGUCUAAGUAAUAAACACCGUAUCAAUGUCAAAAUAUGUGUGUGGUGGGGCCGGCACCAAUGUAUGAAUAAAGAAUGUGCAUAACCAUUAAAA